AGAGAAUGGUGAGGCGAAAGACUAGUGUGGGAAUAACUACGGGAGUGAAGACUUGGAUGGUGGUGUCCUCGGAGACAGGAGAGCAACGCCUUGAGGAUGUCGGCAAGCACUCCCUAAUGCGGCGGACUGGCUUGCCGGCGCGUGACCUUAGAGUCCUCGAUCCCAUGCUUUCUCACCCCUCUUCCAUCCUUGUACGCGAAAGAGCCAUUCUUGUCAACUUGGAACACCUCAAAGGAAUCAUCACUUCCACCGAGGUUCUCAUGAUCAACUCUUCCAACCCUUUCUUUCUUCUCUUCCUUCAAGACCUUCUCACCCGUCUUACUCAUCAACCUCCCUCACCGGUACCUACUUCCAUACAGAUGAGCAAUGACAUGAAUCCUGGUUACGAAGCAAAACCUCCAGCGAUGUGUGGUUCUGAAGAUUCUUCCCAAAAUGUUUCGCAUGUGAAAAUAUCUGAGGAAGUAAAAGCAGAUAGCCCUAAGAUGGCACCUAUAGCUCCCAAGCAGUUACCUUUUGAGUUCCGAGCCCUCGAGACAUUUAUUGAAUCUGCUUGCAGGUGCCUUGAAUCUGAGACUUCAAGAUUGGAGGAAGAGGCAUACCCAGCUUUAGAUGAAUUGACCUCCCAACUUUGCACACUCAAUCUUGAACGUGUAAGGCAUAUCAAGAGUCGUUUGGUUGCACUUUCUGGUCGUGUGCAGAAGGUAGCAGAUGAAUUGGAACAUUUGCUGGAUGAUGAUAAAGACUUGGCUGAAAUGUACUUGACAGAAAAGCUUAAUGCUAGUUUAUUAGAUCAGGCAUCAUUAAAAGAAGAGUACAAUUCUGAAUCUGAAGAUACCGAUCAAAGCGAUGAAUCAAAUUCGGAAAAGUAUGACAAAUUCCCUGGUCUUAAACUUAAUGUUGAGGAAUUGGAAAUGCUUCUAGAAGCAUAUUUUGCGCAGACAAAUGGAAUCUUGCAAAGAUUGUUUAGUUUGAGUGAGUACGUGGAUGACACUGAGGACUACAUCAACAUGAUGUUAGAUGAUAAGCGAAAUGAGCUUCUGCAGGCAACAAUAAUAUUCAACACCCUAAACAUGAUACUAAAUGCUGGUAUUGUGGUUGUAGGAUUGUUUGGCAUGAAUAUUCAAAUCGAACUCUUUAAUGGUAAACCUCGUCAAUUUUGGGCUACCACAGAAAUAAUGCGUGAACACGAUUACUGGACUAGUUUAGAAAAACCCAAAGAGUAG